AUGGUUUACGUUUGUGAAAAUUGUGGUGUAUCAUUCAGUCGUAAUUACAGUAUGAUGCGGCAUAUGAGGGAAUCCUGCAAAGCCCGAUUUAUGGUUGGUGAUGUUGGUGGAAAGCAACCCAGGUUAGAUGGAGCUGCAUCAACAGCAUCUAUGAAGACAUGUGCCGCAUGCAAUCUAUCAAUACCCUCAAAUUUGAUGAUGGCUCAUCAGAGGACGACACAACAUAGAAAUAAUUCCUGCAUACCUUUAUGUGAUGGUGUACAACGUGUGGACAGCGCUUUCAGAAGCAGGAUUGCAACAUACCGCAUAAGCAGCGAUACCGAACACAUUGACUUUACAGUAUUUUUCAAUGAUGUUAUGCUGAAAGUGCUGAAUGUGUUGGAGCAGAUGUUGGGAUUUCAUGGUGCAUUAAAAGUGAAUAUGGUUGUUAUUGGACAAUACUAUCACCCGACACAAGAUGUGAACACAGAAAAAUCAUUUAAUACUUGCAAUAAAAUUGUUGCUGUUGGAAGCGAUCUAAAUGAACUUUACCAAUCAUUUGUUGAAGCAAUGAAAACACAAUCAACAGAGUUUCAGGAGAGAGAUUCGGGAUGGGCUUUAAGGAAAAUUCUUUAUUUGGAGGUUAACAUCAAUCAGUUCAGACCUAUCGGUGGCUCAUCCUACAUCAAAUUACCCAAAAGCAUUGAAAUGAGAGGCGCCACCGUUAAUGUGAUAAACCAGGACCAGUGUUGUUUUGCUUGGGCUGUCACAUCAGCAUUGUUUCCCGCUGCUAGAAUGAUGUCACAGAUUACGUCUUACCCACACUAUUCGAGAGUUUUAAAUCUAGCAGCGAUUCACCCGGAUGGAUCGACAAAAAAGCCUAGGAAAAUACCGGACCUCGUCCACACCGAAAACCGCUCCAAAACCCCCGAACACCUGGUACCCGACGUUGUGGUUAUCGAGGGACCAGGUGCUGUUUCACAGCCAUCACCACAGCCGCCCCGAUACUCGCCGAUCACUCCAGCCACUUCGUCGGAACGCGAAAUGUCUCCACCGAUUUCCAUUCCUGACGAUAAUUCGGAUCAGCCGUUAUCGCCGAUCAUCACUUGUGGGAGACGUAGGAAAUCGGUGCGCGCAGCAAAAAAGAACUUGAGUGCGGCAUCCGCGACGCGAAUAGUAAAAAAGAGUGCGAAUUUCGAAUCCGCGACGACUUUUUCACAGCCGGAUUGGAGCGGGUUUUCGGCCUCAGGAAAAGACAUUUUUUCGCGCGCGAUGGAAAACCAUAGCGCGCUCCAAAAACAAUUGUGUGAGGAGGAGGUUGCAUUGGAGUUGUAUCGUAGUGAGUAUGCAAAGUUUCGGCAGAAAAUGCUGGACAAUGAAAGCUGCAUGAGCAAUUCCAAUGCGAAAAUUUCCGAACUAAAAAACAAUUUCCGGACUAUUGCAAAGACUUUUAAUUUUAGUGAUAAGUAG